AAUUCGCAUAAUGAUAACAGCUGAUUUAGAACCUUAAAUAAAUUAAAAUAAAUUUUGUACAUGCAUUGCAGUGUAUAAUAAUAAAUACUUUCAUAUUUGUUAUAUAUGUCUAUAUAUGCACAUAUAUAUGUAAUAAAUAAAUAGAAUUUAAUAACAAAAUAAUAGAAAUAUGUUGAAGCCGAAAGCUCUUACGCAGGUUUUAAGUCAAGCUAAUACUGGGGGCGUGGAAAAUACUUUAUUACUUAACAGAGAUGGAGGAUUACUAGCAUACAGUGGUUAUGGAGAUAAAGAUGCUAGAGUUACAGCUGCUAUUACAAGUAAUAUUUGGACAGCUUAUGAAAAGAAUGGGAGAAACGCCUUUAAGGAAGAUGAAUUGCAUUAUGUUUUAAUGGAUUGCAUGGAAGGAAAAGUUGUUAUCACAGAAGUAGCUAACUUGCUCUUAUGUUUGUAUGCAAAGGAAAAUGUAGGAUUUGGAUUGUUACGUGAAAAAGCACAAGCAUUGGCUAGAUAUCUUGAUCAGCCCUUAAAAACAAUAGCAAACAUGCCUUAAGAGAUUAUUUGUUUUUUAGAAAUCUGGAAACAUUAUGCUCAAACUUAUCUUUCUAUACUUUUUAUUUAUUGUUUGAGAAUCUAUAAUUGUAUCGUUACACACAGUGUGU